UGCCCGGCUGGGUCUCCGCGGCCGCGUCUGAAGAGCGAUGCCCCGGGAGAUCAUCACUCUGCAGCUGGGCCAGUGCGGCAACCAGAUUGGGUUCGAGUUCUGGAAACAGCUGUGUGCCGAACAUGGUAUCAGCCCCGAGGGCAUCGUGGAGGAGUUCGCCACCGAAGGCACUGACCGAAAGGACGUCUUUUUCUACCAGGCAGACGAUGAGCACUACAUCCCCAGGGCGGUGCUGCUGGACCUGGAGCCCCGGGUGAUCCACUCCAUCCUCAACUCCCCCUAUGCCAAGCUCUACAACCCUGAGAACAUCUACCUGUCUGAGCACGGUGGAGGAGCCGGCAACAACUGGGCCAGUGGAUUCUCCCAGGGUGAGAAAAUACAUGAAGACAUCUUUGACAUCAUAGACAGAGAAGCAGAUGGAAGCGACAGCCUAGAGGGCUUUGUGCUGUGUCACUCCAUUGCCGGGGGGACGGGCUCUGGCCUGGGUUCCUACCUCCUGGAGCGGCUGAAUGACAGGUACCCCAAGAAGCUGGUGCAGACAUACUCAGUGUUUCCCAACCAGGAUGAGAUGAGUGACGUGGUGGUGCAGCCCUACAACUCAUUGCUCACGCUCAAGAGGCUGACCCAGAACGCAGACUGCGUGGUGGUGCUGGACAACACAGCCCUGAACCGGAUCGCCACAGACCGCCUGCACAUCCAGAACCCGUCCUUCUCCCAGAUCAACCAGCUGGUGUCCACCAUCAUGUCGGCCAGCACCACCACCCUGCGCUAUCCCGGCUACAUGAACAAUGACCUCAUUGGCCUCAUUGCCUCACUCAUCCCCACACCGAGGCUGCACUUCCUCAUGACUGGCUACACCCCCCUCACCACGGACCAGUCGGUGGCCAGCGUGAGGAAGACCACGGUCCUGGAUGUUAUGAGGCGGCUGCUACAGCCCAAGAACGUGAUGGUGUCUACCGGCCGGGACCGCCAGACCAACCACUGCUACAUCGCCAUCCUCAACAUCAUCCAGGGAGAGGUGGACCCCACCCAGGUCCACAAGAGCCUGCAGAGGAUCCGGGAACGCAAGUUGGCCAACUUCAUCCCCUGGGGCCCAGCCAGCAUCCAGGUGGCUCUGUCUAGGAAGUCUCCAUACCUGCCCUCGGCCCACCGGGUCAGCGGGCUCAUGAUGGCCAACCACACCAGUAUCUCCUCACUCUUUGAAAGUUCUUGCCAGCAGUACGACAAGCUGCGGAAGCGGGAGGCCUUCCUGGAGCAGUUCCGCAAGGAGGACAUCUUCAAGGAGAACUUCGACGAGCUGGACACAUCCAGGGAGGUUGUGCAAGAGCUCAUUGAUGAGUACCAUGCAGCCACGCGGCCAGACUACAUCUCCUGGGGCACCCAGGAGCAGUGACUUCCGCCCUCACCACCACCCUCCUUGGACAAUCAGCACAGCCCCACCAUUCCUGGUCCUUCUGACCCAACUUCCCCUGACCAACAACUUUUCUAUGCUCAUUUCCAGCCCAAGAGCUGAUCUUGCUCCCUCCCUUCCGUGCCCUGAUCCCAGAUGUGCUUGUUU